CGGCCGACCAAAACACGCCUCCCUCUUUCUCUCUCUAGAUUCUUGUAAUCUCUCUCUCUCUCUCUAGCUUCUCAUAUGCUCUUCUCUUUCUCUCUCUAGACUUUCAUAAUCUAUCUCUCUCUAGCUUCUCAUAUAGUCUCCUCUUUCUCUCUCAUAAUCUCUCUUUCUCUCUGUAGAUUCUGAUUCUCUUCCUCUCUUGCUGUAGAUUCUUUCGAAAUCUUCUCUCUCUCUCUCUCUCUCUCUACUUUUCCUGCUUUUAUCACACGCUUCUUCUGCUGCCCUUGAACUGCAUCACAAGCAUUUUUAUUAGGGUUUUGACGGGGAGAGAGGAGAGCAAAUUGAUUUGUUGGAAGCUCGCUGUGGAGGUUCCCAAGUAAAAAUAAUGUCGACCCCUGCACGAAAGAGAUUGAUGAGGGAUUUCAAAAGGUUGCAGCAAGACCCUCCUGCUGGUAUUAGCGGUGCACCUCAAGACAACAAUAUUAUGCUUUGGAAUGCUGUUAUAUUUGGUCCAGAUGAUACACCAUGGGAUGGAGGUACGUUCAAGCUGACACUUCAGUUUACAGAGGAUUAUCCCAACAAGCCUCCAACGGUUCGUUUUGUAUCCAGAAUGUUUCAUCCAAACAUUUAUGCAGAUGGAAGUAUCUGUCUGGACAUAUUGCAAAACCAGUGGAGUCCAAUCUAUGAUGUUGCGGCCAUACUGACAUCAAUCCAGUCGUUACUCUGUGAUCCAAAUCCUAAUUCGCCAGCUAACUCGGAAGCCGCUCGGAUGUUCAGCGAGAACAAGCGUGAAUACAACCGUAGGGUUCGUGAAAUCGUCGAGCAAAGCUGGAACGCUGAUUAGUAACUCGCUUAGUUGCACAUCAUGGUAGUUUAGGGCUUUGCUUGCAAGUAAUAUUUUGGAGUCAAAUCUGCAUUUAGCGUUUUCAAACUUCCGACUAUAAAUUUUAAUUCGGACCAUGAACGAUUCCUUCUGCGUGCUUCUUUUGAUCCUUGGGCUUCUUACCUGCAAUAUCUGCUUGAAAAUGCGCUUAAAUUUGGUUCCAAUUGCUCUUGAUUUCUUCUGUAAAAAGGAAAUUCUCUCUACCAGCUUGAGUGUAAACUCUCUUAGCCCUGCCAGCUUGAAUAUAAAUCUCUCUCUCUCUCU